UGGAAGCUACUAUCCAUGCAAAAAUAUCAAUGUGAGACCUUUGGAUAAAACCAACAACCAAGGCAUUUAAUGUUCCUUAUACAUUUCGCUGACUUUUGAAGGUCUCAUAUUCCUUUUGACAAAAAGGAGAAGCCAAAGGACAAGGUGUUCUUCCUGUUGUUGCGCAACACAAUUAAAGUUCACAAAACAAACAUGUUUUUAGUCCCACUUUCAGGAUGUCACUGGGAACCCUGUGACUUCAGGUCCCUUGGUGUCCAAUUAUCUUCUCGCAUGGCUGCAAGGGACAUACUCAGGUCUUGCACAUCCGCUUGGAUCCCAGAUCAUCUUUCUUACCCCACCAACUGCACCUUUCCUUAUUUACAGGAGCACACACCGUCACCAAUGUUGAAUAGAUGAGUCUUUUGCCCAUUGGUUCAUAACUGGCCACUUGAUGAUAAGAAAGUCCCAUCCAAUCUGUGACAGAACAACGUGUUCCCGAAGACAUGUCCCAACAGAUGAGCUCCCAAGACACCUGGGUCACAGAGCAGAGGAAGCUGCAGCAGGACACCGGCUGUACAACCACCUGUAGCGCAGCACGGAGAAUCAGUCCUCUGCAGUGAACAAGAAGCCGUGAAAUCUGUGGAUUUUUGAUAUUUUCAACUUUGAGGCAAUAUUUCGAACGCUUGACGUUACUUUUAAAGAAGUAAACUCUCCUUGACUGACCGUUCAAAGCGCUGUUUGGAUACCUGCGCGCUGCGUUUUCCUGCUCGACCGCUCACCUCCACCAAGCCGUAAAGAUUUGGCAAGGAUGGAUCAGCUCUGAUUACAUUGUCAUGGCACACAGACAUGCGGUUCACAGCGGGGAGCAGAGGGUUAUGACUCUAUCUUAACGGGUUUCUUUCUCAGUCGCGCUUUUGUUUUUGUUGUUUUGUUUCCCCGGCGCAGAUAUGGGUUCGGAGAAGCCAAACUUUCUCUCGCAGCCCGUGGUGAAAAACGUCUUCAUGUUCAGGAACGGAGACCCUUACUACGAGGCAAGACGGAUAGUCAUCAACGAGAAGAGAGUGUGUAACUUCGAGACGCUGCUGCGAGAAGUGACCGGCGGGGUACAGGCUCCGUUCGGGGCGGUGAGGAACAUCUACACGCCAAGAAGGGGGCACAAGGUGGACUGCAUGGAGAGCCUGCAGAGCGGGGAGCAGUACGUCGCUGCGGGACAAGAGAAAUUCAAAAAGCUCGAUUAUCUAGAUAUUGGGACCCGAAAGAAGAGGAUGAUGCAGACACUGCCAGCUCAGGCCAGGCCACUCCCACAAAAUCGAAUCAUUGUGUCCGCACGAUUUCUAAAACCCAUCAAAGAACCAUGCACAAUAUUUGUCGUAGCAAACCGUGAUGUGUUGAACCCUGCAAUGAGACUGCUGAUCCACCAGAGGAUGAUGGACCAGUUUGAACGAAUACUAGAAAUGAUUACAGAAAAGAUGGGCUUGCGAAUCCUGGGAGGUGUACGAAGUCUCUACACCUAUGAAGGCCAUCAGGUGACUGAUGGGAGUAAGCUGGAGUGCGGGCAGCUUUACGUGGCUGUGGGCAGAGAGAGAUUUAAGAAGCUUCCAUACAGUGACCUUCUCUUCACUAGGCCCAAAGGAACAAGAAGGAUCAGAGGAAUGAAGGCUCAUUCUUUACCACCCAUCUAUCGAUUCUCAAAACAGAGCGGAAAUAGUAAAUCCCCAGGUCGUUCCAGCGACAGUGGGGAUGGGGAUUCCAAAGCCUCUCCUCCAAACCACUGCGGCAGCAGCAAGGAAGACCUGACCUCUACUGUAAGAGAGAUCUCUCAGGCUAGGCUGCUCACCCUCAGGAAGAAGAAAAGUGGGCAAAGCAUCACAGCCGACUCACCUGAUAACGAUGUCAGAGAACCACAGGCUGACAGUGAAAACACAGAGCGCGAAACCUCCCAAGAUCAGAGAGCUGAAGAGAAAUCUGAUGCAUCCGAUGGCCAAAGGGCUUCAAAAGAGGACAGUGAAAAUACCGAAGAGGAACCCUGUUCUGAAAACGCCACAGAAACAGAAGAACCCACAAGCAAAGAUGACAGGGAACAUAUCCAAGACACAAAUGUUGCAAAAGAAGAAGAGGAGAAGAAGGAAGCUGAUGAGCAAAAUGAUGAAAAAGAAGGGGGAGGUACUGAAAUGAAUGAGCAGAAGGUGGAGGAAGUUAAAGAAGUGAAGGAAGAAGUCAGAGUAGAGAGUAAGAAUGAGGUUGAUAUUGAGGAUCAGGCGUCCACUAGCAGUCCUGUUGAUGAUAAGCCCCAGGACAAUAAAGAGCUAAAGGAAGCAUCCUCUGAGGCUAAGAAAGAGCAAGACGAUGAUACAGAAGAAGAUAAGCAAGAGAGAGCUGGUGGUAAUGGGGAGGAAAGCAGCAAUGGCCACAGUAAUGAUGCAGACAUGGGGGAGGAACGAAAGGAGACAGAAAACGGCAAAAUGCCUGGCGAGACUCAGUCGGAUAAUGAGGAAAAAGGAAGCGAAGCUACUAGAAUCAGCAGCAGGACCAGUAACCAGGAGGAAGAUGUCAUCACAUCAAAAGAUGAUUCUCCCAUUGAGUCAGGAAAAGAAGAGAAGAUUAACAGAGAGAGGAAUGGAAAGGUAGAAACUGAAGUAGAGCCAGAAACAAACUAGCCACAGAAGCAAGAGAGUAUGAGGACGAUGUUGCUCAAAACAAUCAAGACAACUAAAGUAGCAAAGAGUGAGAUUAGAGAUUAGAAACCCUAAAACUAAAAUGAGCAUUUGCAGAGAAGAAUAAUAAAAAAGAGCAAAAAUAACACAAUUAAUGGAACUGUGCUUUGAUGUUUCCAUUGAGUUUCCAAAAAGAAGAGUUCAUAUCUAUAAGCAGAUAGUCUUUCAAUGCCUUUGACUAACUUCUACAGACACAGCUAAACCAAUGAAAGCUACUGUAUUGUGAUAAAUAUUUAUUUUGCAUAUAAUGAAUAUGGUUAACUCUUAAGGUGCUUUGUUUAAUGAAACAAUCUGUGAGCUCUCUAGUUUUGAGAAAGAUCAUGUUAACAUUAUAGUGAACACAAACCUUGUGAAUUCCUGUAGGCAUCUAAACAGCCAACAUGGUCUGACAAUCUUGUAUUAAUGCUACAUCCUCACUGUAUAGUCAAAGUGUAAAAUUUAUUUAUUUACUUAUUCAUUUAUAUUUGUCAGAUAUCUGAAGAAUAAAACUGCAUAAAUCAAGAAUA